UGUGCCCUUUCUUUGAUCCAAGCUAACCACGGCUUUGUUCCCUCCAUUGUCACCUAUCACCGCUUAAUGGAUCACUUUUGCAGGUUCGGUCAACCCCAACAAGCUCACAUACUGUUCUUCGACAUGAAGGGUAGAGGGCAUUGCCCCAAUGUGGUUUCUUAUACUACUCUCAUUAAUGGGUACUGCUUAAUUGGUGGAAUUGGUGAUGCCCGCAAGGUGUUUGAUGAAAUGCUUGAUAGUGGUAUUGCGGCAAAUUCUUUGACUUAUAGUGUUUUAGUCGGCGGGUUUCUUAGGAUGAGGGAUAUAGAAGGAGCAAAGGGAAUGAUGUGCCAGUUAUGGGAGAAGAUGAGGGUUGAAAGGGAGGCUUCGAUGAAGAUGGCAGCCUUUGCAAAUCUGGUUGAUUCUCUGUGUAGGGGAGGGUUCUUCAAUGAAUUGUUUAGGAUAGCCGAGGAGUUUGCAUUAGGGGGCAGUUUGUGUGAGGAGGUUGCAUAUGGACAGAUGAUAGAUUCACUCUGCAAGGUUGGGAGGUAUCAUGCGGCUGCUAGGAUUGUGUAUAUAAUGAGGAAGAGAGGAUUAGUUCCGAGUGUAGCAUGUUAUAAUUAUAUUAUACAUGGGCUUAGCAAGGAUGGUGAUUGUAUGAGAGCUUAUCAGUUAUUAGAGGAAGCUGAAUUCGGAUUCUUGCUUUCUGAGCAUACCUACAAGGUGUUGGUGGAAGCUCUUUGCCAAGUGCUGGAUGUGGACAAGGCAAGGAAAGUUCUUGAACACAUGCUAAGUAGGGAAGGCGUCGACAAGACUAGGAUUUACAACACCUAUUUAAGAGCUCUUUGUAUUGUGGAUAAUCCAACUGAACUCUUGAAUGUGCUUGUGCUCAUGCUUCAAAGCCAGUGUCAUGCAGAUGUGAUCACACUUAACACAGUUAUCAAUGGAUUUUGCAAGGUGGGGAGGAUUGAUGAAGCUCUAACGGUAUUACAGGACAUGUUGAGUGGUUUGAAAAGGGAGGCUUACCAUAUUGUUAGAGAGAUGAAAAGGAAUAAACUCACACCUGAUUGUGUGACAUGGAGGAUUCUUGACAAGCUACAUGGCAAAGUGAGGACGCACAAUCAUUUUGAAGAUCGAAAUUUGUCAGCACUCUAUGACAGAGCUUCACUUGGUACUUGAUGGAUGGUGCUGCCAUUUUUUAGA